AUGUCAGUGCACUGGCAUGUGGUAGGAGCAUCCAGUCUUGUUGUGUAUUUGACGCCUCAAAUACAUACCGCGCCAGAUCACUUCAUACUUUCUUGGCGCGCCCGCCUAACAUCUUUGGUAGCAGCCACCACCACAACAUGCCACACCAUACGACUUCUUGGCUUUUUUAUAACCUCCUGCACAAUCGUCAGUCGUCCGGCACUGUACCGUUGGUUUCUCCCGAGUUUUUCUCAGGAUGUAGUACCUGUGUCGUUUUCCACACAUUUUGCAGAUUAUAGUACGACACUUCCUCUCGUUUUUCGAUGCCAACAGUCGAACUCCUACCACGAAAAAUUCACCAGCUACAUUCUUCUUUGCAGCUUAGCUCAUAGCAACGUUUCUAGUACAUUUUCUCCACAUAAGGUGAGUUUUACAAAUCACACAGCAACUGCCGGACAGACUCGUUAUGGCCAGAAGCCAUGA